UGUCAGCGAGGAAAGCAUUGAGUUACGGCGAUGGGAACGGGCGAUUCCUAGGAUUUUUGUGCUGGAGAGAUUAGCUUGGGUUGAUUGACGCCAUAUAGAAGUUUCCUCGUUGUUAACAUGGUGUUGCUCGGGACUUUGAUCCUGGGCUUCAUACCCCUGCUGGGAUCAGUGCUAGGCUACGCCAACCCAAAGGCGUGCUCGGGAACUUGCACCAACUCGCACGAUCCGGCCAUCAUCCGCCGCGCCGACGGCACCUACUUCCGGUUCUCGACGGGCGGGAAGAUCGCCAUCCACACGGCGCCAGACAUCGCGGGUCCAUGGACGUACCGGGGGGCGGCGAUUCUAUCCGGCUCCUCGAUUAACCUUCCCGGCAACCAGGACCUCUGGGCACCGGACGUGACCCUCGUUGGCAACACAUACUACCUGUACUACUCGGUAAGCACAUUCGGGGUGCAAAACAGCGCCAUCGGCGUCGCGACAUCUUCCACGAUGGACGCGGGAUCAUGGACCGACCACGGCGCCACGGGCGUGCGCUCGGACUCCUCCAAGCCGUACAACGCCAUCGACCCGAACCUGAUCAACGUCGACGGCACGUACUAUCUCACCUGGGGCUCGUUCUGGAAAGACAUCUACCAGGCGCAGAUGAAGGCGUCGCCGCUGACGCUCGCGAGCGGCGUGUCCUCGUACCAAUUGGCGUACGACCCUGCGACGACGGCUGUCGAAGGCGCCUUCGUGUUCAAGUACGGCAAUUACUACUACUUGUUCUACAGCCAGGGGAAGUGCUGCGGGUACGACGCUGGUUUGCCCAAGCCUGGGGAAGAGUACAAGAUUAAAGUAUGCCGGUCGACGACGGCGACAGGGGGCUUCGUGGAUAAGAAUGGUGUGGCGUGUACGCGUGGUGGCGGCACGGUUGUGCUUGAGUCGCAUGGGAAUGUGUACGGGCCUGGUGGGCAGGGUGUCUACCAGGAUCCUAAGUAUGGGCCGAUCCUUUACUACCAUUAUGUCGACAAGACUAUCGGCUAUAGAGACGGCGACAAGCGGUUCGGCUGGAAUACGAUUGACUUCUCCAGCGGCUGGCCUGUCGUGUGAGUUGAGUGAUAGGAAGAUGCAUCUUGU